UGAUGAUCAAGCUGCUUCGGCUUUUCGGCUGAUUCGCUACGGAGAUUGUUCCAGGCAAAGGUCAACACCGACCCAUCAUACUUUAAGCAAUCUUCCUCCGCGCUUUCAAAUCCACUCCAACCCCUCUUCCCCUCAACCCCAUCCGACGGCCAUCAUGGACGCCUUCGAGUACAACGCCAACCCCGGCCGUGUUAUUUUCGGCAGCGGCACUCUCCAAAAACUGCCCGAUGAGAUCGCCCGGCUGAACGUGAAAGCGCCAUUGUUGCUGUCGACCCCCCACCAAGUCGAUCAGGCCGAGAGCGUCAAGGCCGUUCUCAAUGGACAAGUCGCCGGUAUCUUCUCCGAGGCUACCAUGCACACCCCGACGCACAUCACCGACAAGGCACUGGAGUACGCGAAGGCCCAGGGCGCCGACGUGGUGAUUUCCAUCGGAGGUGGCAGCACGAUCGGGCUGGGAAAGGCCAUCAGUAUCCGCACCGGAUUGCCGCAUAUCUGCAUCCCGACGACGUACGCCGGAAGUGAAAUGACCCCAAUUCUGGGCGAGACCGCCGAUGGUUUGAAGAAGACGCGCUCCGAUCCCAAGAUUCUCCCGGGGACUGUUAUCUACGAUGUCGACUUGACUAUGACCUUGCCUGUGGCUAUGAGCUCAACGAGUGGUGUCAAUGCCAUUGCUCAUGCUGUCGAGGCUCUCUACGCCCGCAACACGAACCCCGUCAUCAACCUGAUGGCCAUCGAAGGAACGCGCGCACUCGCCUCCGCCCUCCCCGAAAUUGUCGAGAACCCCAACUCCCCAUCGGCGCGGUCGUCCGCCCUCUACGGUGCCUGGCUCUGCGGUACCUGUCUGGGUAGCGUGGGGAUGUCCAUCCAUCACAAGCUUUGCCACACCCUGGGCGGUAGCUUCAACUUGCCCCAUGCCGAAACCCACACGGCCGUGCUGCCGCACGCCAUCUCCUACAAUGCUCCCAACAUCCCCGAGGCCAUGAAAAAGCUGGCGGAAGCGCUGCCUGAGAGCAACGGGGAUGCCAUCCACGGCCUCAACGUCCUGCUGUCCAAGUUGAAGGUCAAGCGUGGGUUGAAGGACUAUGGUAUGAAGGAAGAGGAUAUCGACAAGGCGGCGGAUAUUGCUGUCGGCAACCCCUACUGGAAUCCGAGAGAGAUCCAGCGUGAACCGAUCCGCGAGUUGAUCAGGCGAGUGUGGGCUGGAGAGCCGGCGCGGGCGGAUCUGUAGAUGGGGUGUUUUUCCUGUAAAUAGCGGAUAUAGAUAGGUUCCGGGCAAGGGCCUUGAUGUGAAUAUGACGGUGACUAGUAUCACGCACUGUCCUUGCAAGAUAGACAGACAAUUGC